AUUUAUUACGGUAUUGUCAGCAGUGGAAAUAGCUUUACGAUCCUCUAGCUUCGCCGUCAAGAAUCGGUUUAAAAGAAAAUCGUGAGGCGACUGAGAAAGUGUUAAGUUUUGCUUCGCUUGGCUAAGUUCCGUGGAACAACGGAAGCUUUUCAAGCGCAAAACAGUAGCUUUAUUAGUCCGAUGCGAAAGUAAAACGAGCCAUAUCGUACGUGAUCGUGACGGCAGAAUAUAUUUGAGCAUAAGCAAACACAUGAUGGAAAACAGCAUUGUAUUUAUCAUUGGGUUAAUUCUGAAUGUCCUUGUUCUUUGCUACUGCUGUAUAAAAUGGAAGACUAUUGGUAACAUCAAGUUCCUCGUCGCUACCCAAGCUAUCCUUUCAUCUUUAACAAUAUCUGCGAAUCCUGGACUUAUGGCCGAGAAUAUCGACUGGCAUCCUAAAGGAGACUUUAUAUGUUAUAAGUUGCCAAGUCUUGUGAUCCAUUUUCUCUGUGUUGCUAUUUUGAACUUAGCAUGUUUGAGCUGCAUCAGUUAUGCCCAAAUCACCGACACUUGGCAAGUUCGUCGUUCGUCCGCCAUAUUGAUUUUCUUGGCCGUGGUUAGUGUUUCGACGAUAUUGUCGUCUCCCAUCUUCUACAGUAUCAACAAAGGAUGGUCAAUCCUUCGCUACGACGGUUGCAUAUCGAAAAUUUCCGAUGCAGAAGUCGCAAAUAAAGUCCAUAUUAAUGUAGUCCGUUAUGCGUUCUGGUUUCUCAUACUGCAAUAUAUCAUUCCUGCCUUUAUCAUCGCGAGUCGCGUUGUCCUCAUACUCAUUCAUUUAUGGCAAGAAGAAUCGAAGACAGAUAUCUCACCAAGGCCCAAGAAUCAAGUUGUCAUCCGAUUUGCAGUCCAUGCCAUUUUCGCUAUCUUAUUUUUGGUCGUCAUAGUUCUCUUUUCGAUUCACCUUGGUGGCUUGGAGAGCGACAAAGCCCUAGCUUUCCUGAACGUUAUUUUCCACAAAUUUGUUUUGUUUUUUGUAGUUGUGUUGUGCUGCCCUUGGUACCUGAUAGAAAUGAUACGCUCACAGUGUGAAAACGACGAAAGUUCUUGCCCAGUGGAAUAUACCAAGCAAGAAAACGAAUUAAACAUCUAAGAUCUAGAAAACGCUUGAUGAUCAACAAUCCUUUAUGGACUGUUGGAGGCGCUCAAGUGUCGACAUGAUUUUUUCCUAAUUCAAGAAAAAACUGAAUCGCUCUCAAUCGUUACGCAGAUAUUUAUUAAGUUAUCUGCCGGACUAAAAUGAAGGAAACGGGCAGGCUUCGAAGGCUUUGUCCUCUGAAAAUACAAACAAUCUAGCUUUUCGUCUAACUUGUUCUUUAUCUAGCACGUUUGAUUAAGGAUAUUCGGGAUUUUUGUCUUCCUAAUCGACAAUAUAUAGUUUCAGUUUAUCAGCUUUCCAUAAUGUUUUUCUUGUUUUUCUUUUUUUAUUAUCAAGCUUUUUUUUUGUCCUCUGAAAAUCGUACAAACAACCUAGCUUUUCGUCUAUCUGACUCGACGCUUCGCUUGAUUAAGGAUAUUGUCUUCCUAAUCAACAACAUAAUUUAUCAUCUUUCACUAAAGUUUUCUUUUAUAAUCAAGCUUUUGACCUUUACAAAGUUAAAAUCACAACAUUAUUGAUUUCUACUUUCUCUUUAACUAACUUCAUGUACAUAAUCACAAUCUCAUAAAGUUAUAAGAUGGUGGUUACUAACCAUAUUUUCAUUCUGACGAUUUAUCUAAAGCUCGCGAGAUAUAUUCAAACUUCCUACCAUAUAUAACAGCAAAAAAAAGUUUGUUCGAAGUUCAAUAUAGUUUGUGUACACCCUUAUUAUGUCAUACAAUUAUAUGAUACAGCUUAUUGCAAGAGCGUUGUAAUAUAAAAAUAAACAUUUUACAAUAACAGAGCAUAUUCUCGCAAUCUGAUUGUAUUCAAUAUUAGAAAAUGCUGAAACUAAUAAAAAUAUGUAGAUAGCUCAAGGAACAUUUACUGCCCUGCUYAUACGUUUUUAUAUGACAACGUUCCUGCAUUGGUUUAUAGAGUGAAGGCAUUUAACCCGUGAAACAAAAAAAAAUACUAGUGAACAUGUAAUAGUCAAAUAGACACAAAAGAAAACCGAAUGGGAUUAAGGUCAUUUCACAUAAACAAAACAAAAUGGAUUAAAAUAAAUUGAAAUGACGGUA